AUGUAUAAUGAUGAUGAUGAUGAUGAUGAUGAUGAUGAUGAUGAUGAUGAUGAUGAUGAUGAUGAUGAUGAUGAUGAUGAUGAUGAUGAUGAUGAUGAUGAUGAUGAUGAUGAUGAUGAUGAUGAUGAUGAUGAUGAUGAUGAUGAUGAUGAUGAUGAUGAUGAUGAUGAUGAUGAUGAUGAUGAUGAUGAUGAUGAUGAUGAUGAUGAUGAUGAUGAUGAUGAUGAUGAUGAUGAUGAUGAUGAUGAUGAUGAUGAUGAUGAUGAUGAUGAUGAUGAUGAUGAUGAUGAUGAUGAUGAUGAUGAUGAUGAUGAUGAUGAUGAUGAUGAUGAUGAUGAUGAUGAUGAUGAUGAUGAUGAUGAUGAUGAUGAUGAUGAUGAUGAUGAUGAUGAUGAUAUCAUCCGAGCUAUUUAUCGUGAGAAGUGA